AUGAAGGGUCCAGGCAGCGUCAAAAACCAGAAAGGCAGCUCAGUGGACAGGAAUUGUAUUCCGAUAAGCAUGGCCAGACCAAGUGGAAAGUUAGGUAAGAUAAGCAGAGCAGGAAAGUUGUUAGUGCUCCAAAUGUUGCUCUAACAACUACACUAACAAACUUUGCGUAGCCUUAAGUUGGGUGUUGGCUCCAUCCCCACAAUGUAUGAGGCUUCUACUCUUAAACAGAGCUUGUUUGCUUUAGGAAUUAUUAUUAUUUUCAUGUGGUUUCAUGUAGGCAACUGUAACGUGGUCGCAGCCUUGGAGCUGGAGUCUAAGGAUGGUAGCUCUACCUUCUCAGGUUGGAUGGAGGCUGGUCUGACAGUCCUUUCUGGUGAUGGGACUUCUGAGGAGGCUGUGUCAUCAAAGAUCAUUUCUGAAGUCAAAUCUUCUUCCUGGUCAGAGAGAUUAUCUCUGUGUGGUGCCUCUUCCCCUGAGGAGCAGGUGGGAUCAGAGCCCUAG